GAGACCGAAAGCAAGCAACUGCUCUUUCUCCAGCAUGGGUUGAGAGAAUCAAAAUCUUCCGAGCUCCUUCCGCUGGGUGUUUCGGAGCAGAGCCUGCCUGCUCGGCGGGGUGAUUCCUUCGCAGUGUCUGUGCGCGUUCCUGUGCGUGUGCUGCUGCCACUGCAUAUGUACCCCCAGCUGUCACUUCACUGCGCUCAGUCGCUCCCUCUCCCGCCUCUCUCUCUCUCUCCCCGUAUUUAUUAUUUACAGAGGAUUACAGUCCCUUUCCCACGCUGCCGUCUAACCGUGCUGCUUCUCUGCCCACUGUGCGGGGUGACCAGCUGGCUAGCACGCAAGGAGACGAGGGCUCGUGCCAACAGGAGUCCAGCGAGAGCUCACCGGGCAACAGAGGGAGCUUCUGCAGGAUUUGCUUUGGGAAUUGCACAGGGUUCGCUGGAAGAGCUGGCUCAGAGGAGGGUCCAUGCUAGCUCGAGAACAGGAGUUAAAUAGAGCACACAGAAAGCCUGCUGCCGGGGAGUGAAAGUCAAGGAGGGAGAGGGAAGGCAGAGACUGUAAUUGGACAGUGCCCAGGAGUCGGGUGAAAGUGGCUGCGGGCAAAGCCCCUCCAGGAUCUGAUAGGCAGGCUGCAAGGUCACUCCUCCACCCUCUGGGGCCGUGUGCCAGGCUGGCUGGUGGAUGUGAAGACACGCUGGAGAAGACAACCAUGUUGCCCAUGAGUGCCAGCCACCGGUGGAGGAGCAGCUUCCCCAUGAGGUGGCGAGAGGCUUGCCUGCUUGGCUGUUGGCUGUCACUAUGUGCUGCAGAGUCCUUCUUUGCUUGCCCUUCCUCCUGCAAGUGUAACAGUGGUAAUCUGGAAGUGGACUGCAGUGGCUUGGGCCUCUCUUCCAUCCCCUCAGACAUCCCCACAAACACCAGGACCUUCCUUUUUCUCAACAACAAACUCAGCAUCCUGCCAGGACCAGUGUUUUCCAACCUCUCUGCCCUACAGAGGCUGGACCUAUCCAACAACUUCUUGGACCAGCUCCCUCAGAACAUUUUCAGUGACCUGGGGAACCUCACAGAGCUCCAGCUGAGGAACAACAGCAUCAGGGCCUUGGACAAGGACCUGCUGCAGCACACCGCCCUGCUGCGUCAGCUGGACCUCUCCAUCAAUGGCCUGGCCCAGAUACCCUCGGGCAUCUUUGAUGACCUGCCUGCUCUCCGCUCCCUCUCUCUCAGGUCUAAUCGCCUGCAGAGCCUGGACAGGGUGACCUUUGAACCUUUAACCAGCCUGCAGCAACUCCAAGUUGGGGAUAACCCCUGGGAAUGCGACUGCAAUCUCCGAGACUUCAAGCACUGGAUGGAGUGGUUCUCCUACCGAGGUGGGAAAAUUGACCAGCUGGCAUGUACCCUGCCCAAGGAGCUGAAAGGGAAGGAUAUGCGAAUGGUGCCCAUGGAGAUGUUUAACUACUGCUCACAGCUGGAUGAUGAGAACAGCUCUACCGUGCUGGACAAUACCGGCCCACCCUGCACUAAAGGAAGCCCAACUCCUUCCAAAUCUAAAUCGGGCCCAGAACCAGAGGUGGAGCCCAGUGUGGGAUGCCCUCAGAAACAGCGAUACAGGCCUGUGAGCGUGCGCCGGGCUAUUGGCACUGUGAUCAUCGCAGGGGUGGUUUGUGGCAUUGUGUGCAUCAUGAUGGUGGUGGCAGCAGCUUAUGGCUGCAUCUAUGCAUCCCUCAUGGCCAAGUACCACCGGGAGCUGAAGAAGAGGCAGCCACUCAUGGGUGACACAGAGGGUGAACAUGAAGAGCAAAAACAAAUCUCUUCUGUGGCAUGAAACCCUUCUAAGAAGGCAAGGACAGCAAUGAACAAAGGUACCUGAGAGCUGCCAAGCAUGGGGUCCUCCCAAAAUACAUCUUCCCAGACAGACAGACAGACAGACUGUGCUAUUGCUCCACUCACCCAAGUAGUGCAACAUGCUUCUGGGGGGUCAGGACACCUCGCUCUAAUUUCUGUUCCUCUGCCCCAGGCCCCUUUUGUGCCCUUCCAUCCUUGGGCCCUUCCAGGCAAAUAAAGUAGAGUCAGACCUUGAGUGCUUGCUGUGCCUCAUGCCCUUGCACAGAGCUUCCCUCACGUGCCUGCUUUGGCAGCAGCUGGCACCUUCUGGGAACCCGUGCCAUCCCCCCAGCUUCAGGACUGAGUUCUCCUGUGCCCUGCCCAGAGCUCUCUGCAGAGAACAGCUCUGUGAAAGCUCAUGGACACCAGGCAAGUGUCCAUGCCUCACUGUUAGGGUCACUGCUGUUGUGUGAGAGUAACUUGCUCCUUACCCAACAAGUCAGUGUGGCCAAGAGCAUGUUAGAAGGGGUGGAAGGUCUUUCGGAGAUGACAACUGUCUGAGGGAGAUUUCCCUUCUCACUUUCAGAGGUGGAAGGAUACCUACAUCAUUCCAACACUGCCUGGGAGCACAAAGUUCUUUUUGCUCCUGGCCAAGGACAAGUCUACAAGCUGACACAUGUGUCAUCCUUUAUAGGUACACGGAGACAGAGCCAUGCUCCUGUACACACACACACACACUGACUCACUCUGAUUCCAACACACAUACACACAUAUGCAGACAUUGCCCCACUCCAUACAUCCAGGCAUCCCAUCUGUGCAUGCAGAGCCUCAUGCGCACAAACUGAUCUGCCCUGUGCAUGCAGCCAUGAACACAUUUAAACACUCUACCUUAUUUUUAUUAUAACAGCACAUAGCACCUUCUGGUUCAGAGAAAAUACGUGAACCCUGCCACUGAGGAGCUAACAAAAACAUUUCAGCCAUAGAGCAGAGCCAGUGGGGGAAGAGGCAGGAGAAAAUAGAGAAAGGCAAAAUUAUUAAGGUUAUAGCAUGAGUCAGCAAAGAUGAGUACAGAGCAUGAAAAAAGGUGUGUUUUUGUUAUCCAUUUUAUAUUUUCUAUGAUAAAUGGAGAGGGUGAAUGAUACAAAGCCUCAAUCCGCAAGCGUCUGAAGGGCAGACAGGAGAAGUGGGUCAUGAGGAAAGACAUAAAGGAGAAUGCGGCUCACUAGCCUAGGUAGCGCAAGCCACACUGAGGGAUGGUGUGGCCUAAGGGGGAAUUGCGGGAGGAAGAAAACAAACAGCCUCAGAGCUGGCAUUGCUGGCAGAGGGGCAAGCAUGGUGCACGGAGUAGGGCAAUAUAGCUGCAGUGACUGCAGAAACGGGGCACAAUUCUGGAGGGUCUUUAGGUGAGGGCAAAAAUCUGGACCACAGCACGGCACAGGAGGGAGAGCCCACGGAGGAGCUGACAUGGUACAUGGCGCACGUACGCUCACCUCACAACCACUGCUAUGUUCACCGCCAGCUGCAGCUGCACAAGUGUGCCCAUAUACACAACUGCACACACUGCCACUGUCACAUAGGGUAACUUUCUCCAACCAGAUUUUAAAGCCCUCAGACUGCAGUGCCUCAUAUUAGUCUCAGCUCUUUACAACCUGACAGGAAAAAAAAUAAAAGUGAGAGAGGAAAAAAAAUAAAAGGAAAGGAACCUAACAUAAGGACUCAUUUUAUAUCACUGGAAGUGGGAUAAAAUGCUGUCGCCAGAGGAGAGUGCACAUUGCCAUGGUAACCCGCUCUAACCCGUCACAGUGGGUAUUCCUGGGCUAGGAAGAUGACACUGGAGGUCGUGCAUCCGCAAUGCCUGUGGAUGGUGUGAUCCUCACCAUCAGGAAACAAGCUGGCAGCAAGCUCAGCUUUGCACGGUGUUUCACUGAUAACCUGUGUGAGAGGCCAGGAUGCACUACAAGUGGACCCUGCCAGGGCACGGCACCUCUUCCCCCUGCUCCAGCUGAACCCUGAUGCCUUUGGAUGUCUUGCAGAACUCCUGCUCAGUGCUGCUGGAUCCCUGUGGAAGUGAUUCAUGCUGGUUCUUCACCCCCUUCUGGUCCCAGCUGGGUUGUUGUACUGACCCACGGGAACACAAUGCCAAGUCUUUAAUCUGAGUUUGGAGUGGCACAGUUCCUCCUGACCUGCCCAGGCCCACCAGAGGCAAAGAGACAGGACUGUUUUCGCAUGACUUCCCUUUGAUACAGGGAUGCAGCGGACACAGGAGGAUGUUCUUCAGGAACCAGAAGACCACACUGCCCUGGAAGAAGGACUGGGAGAAGCAGUCCACCCACGAGUGUGUGCACACACCAUAUCCCUCACCGCCAGCACACUGCACGCCGGGAGGAGGAAGAGGAGGAGGACGACGACAAGGUGAGCUGGCAAGAUGUGAGGAGGAAGGACUCUGCCCCCAUGCACUGUAUAGCCACUCAAACCAUCCCCAUCUGCUGCAACCGUAGCCCGUGCUGAAGGGCAGAACUGGUGCACUGCAGACUCCUUAUGUGUGUGCUGCUCCACAUUCCCAGCAAGCCAGGACUAGAGUAACUGCUGGAUCCAAACCUCUCCCCAACCCCCCUCUCAGGGGAACUUCUCUUUACCAUACCGGACUCCGCAAUCAUACUUGAAAUGGGACUUGAGUCAGAGCGGGAUAUUUACAGAUAUAUAUUUUACUUGCAUCAAAUAAUGGUGAAACAUUGCACAAAACAAUUGGGGUGUGUGUGUGUGUGUGUGUAUGAGAGAGAGAGAGAGAGAGAGAGAAUGAGAAUGUUUUUAAGUGGAUAGACAAGAGGUAAAAUAAAUGGAAGGGAGGCAUGGGAGGAUGUGAGGAGGAAAUCUCCCUUUCCUGCACCUCCCCUGUGACCUCCUCCUGCCCUGACCAUUUUUCUUUGUUGCUAAUAAUAUUUUCCACAUCUUGUGUUAGGGGGCUGAUGAUGACCUUGCCCAUUCUUUCCUCCUUGUUUUCAGUUAUAAGGCAGAAAGUCUGGAUUCAUCUUAACCCUAGACAAGGGACUGGUAUGUUUAGAAACCCACCCAGGAAAGGAGAAGACAGGAAAAGGGAGAAAAGAGAGUUGCUGAGAAACAUGAAGGCUGGAUGCUAUGGGGAGUCCCACUGGAAAGCAAAUCCUGUACUUUGAAAGACAAGGCGCUGUCCUCUCUCAUGCAGAGCAGAGCAACAGGGUUCACUGGGAAAUGCCCUUGUUAUAUCACUGCUUGCAAAUAGGCUCUUUCUCUGCUCCCUAGCACACCUGGAAAGCAGGCUGCUCUAGUGGGACUGAGCUUUUGCACUGUCAACAGGCACCUCUGGGUUGCAUGGGAUCCAACAUGGUCAGAAGCGAAGCUCUCCUAUGGGAUGCUGGAUGUAGGAGAGCCAGUGCUCCUCAUACGCUCAGGAAAGGGGUUCCUCUGGUGUGUGGGGCAGGAGGCUCCCACUCUCCCUGCAGGCACGGUUGGGCAGGGGCGGGGGGGAUCCCAUUAAACACACCCUUUGCUGCAGGUAGGAGCACCAAUGCCACGUGCACGUGCCUGCCCCCAGGAAAUGCUCUCUGGGGGCAGGCAGGCCCAAUCAACAUGCCAGGGUGAUGUGGCCCUUAUGAGCAGGCAGGCCCACCAGAAAUACCCCUUCUGCUCCCCCCGCUCCCCCUCCCCACACACCCACCUGUGGUGCAGGCAGGCACAUUUCUUGCAGGGAACAGAUGGCACUUGUAAUUUCUUUUUCUUUUUGUUACUGUUUUGAGGGAGAGCAACAAGAAUUUCUAAAACGAUUGAAUGGAGGUUUCUUUGGCAUGAGACAGAAGAUUUUUAAAGGUAUAUUAUAUUUCUGGCUUGUUGUUACAGAAGAAUAAUAAAGAAUGUAUUUUCCUAUGCUCCUCAUUGUUUAAA